ACAGACAGACACGCCCGCUCGACAUCCUCUCUGCUCGUGCGCGCUCGUGACGCUCGAGCUGUCUGAAGGGUUUCAGUCUGUGCGCGUGUCGAUGACGGUCAGACAGACUAGAGGGAGAGAGAGAGACAGCAGUCCAGGAGAGAUCAUCCUGAGGAAGCACAUCAGACCGUUAAUUCUGUCACCAUCAUGCAUAUAGCUGGACUAAAAAGGAUUUGCAAACUUUAACAGUGAGGAAAGAAGGACCAGCUUAAUAUACUGAAUAUUUUCCAUCCAAGAUAGACCAGUCAUCUGUGUUUGGCAAUGGCCAUCCCUCAGACGAGUCUGAAAACCCCUUUCAAAGACCUGACGUCAUUCAAAGGCAACAUGAAGCGGCUGUACAGGGAGCGACUGGAGGAUGCACCCAUUAAAAAGCGGGUAAUGGCAGAAAUGCACCUGAAACGGCGCAGCCUGGAGAGCGUCCCCAAACCCCCGAAGGUCAAGAAGGAGCGUGAGGAACACGGCAGCUCAGAAAUGGACACUGAGGAAAGAGAAUUCCACUUGGUCGGGGCUUCCAAGGCUUUAGAUCUCAGCGCCGGCCUCAAGCACACUCUGGCACAGUUCACACUGAGCAGCCAGAGCUCCCUGGGAGGUCCUGCUGCCUUCUCGGCAAAAUCUGUGCAGGAGUGCGCCUCUCCUGCUGGCAUGGCUCCCCUUCCGUCUCCCCCAGUCCUCGGAGGCGGCCCGCUCUUGGUUCCCUGCGACAGCUCCACGGAGCUCACCCAUUCUCUGCUCGAAGGAGAGUCCAUCUCCUGCUUUGUUGUAGGUGGCGAGAAGCGCCUUUGUCUGCCCCAGGUACUCAAUUCGGUUCUGCGAGAUUUCUCUCUGCAGCAGAUCAACGCUGUCUGUGACGAACUUUACGUUUACUGUUCCCGAUGCGAUGCUGAGCAGCUGCACAUCCUCAAGGUGCUGGGCAUCUUGCCUUUCAACGCACCUUCCUGUGGCCUGAUCACACUAACUGAUGCCCAACGCCUCUGCAACGCCCUGCUCCGCCCAGGUGCCACCCUCUCGGCCGACCCCAACAGCAAAAUGCCAGGCCAAGGCCUGCUGAAGGAGAGCGAGGCCAGUUUCCAGGUCGAGCACCAGUGUCUGGGCAAGUGCCAAGGCCUGUUUGUGCCCCAAUUCUAUGUCCAGCCAGACGCUCCUUGUAUUCAGUGCAUGGAAUGCCAGCUGCUGUUUUCCCCACAGAACUUUGUAAUGCACUCGCACAAGUCCCCCGACAAGAGGACCUGCCACUGGGGCUUUGAUUCAGCCAAGUGGCCCUGCUACCUACAGCUGGGCCGCAAGCACGAGGGCACACCGGAGGAGCCGCAACUCAAACAGCUGCUGGACGAGAUGAAGGAGAAGUUUCACUAUCAGCUUAAGAAGCCUCUGGACAAAAAGGUGGCGGAUGACGACAGUCAAGGAAGGAAGUCCAGUCCUGUACCCUGCCCACCUAACAGCAAGCUGUCUGAUGGCAUCCUGGAAAAAAAGCUACCUUCUAAGGGCAACUUGCAGUCUUCAAUGGCAUUCAGUAGAUUGUUUCCUGACAUCAAAGAAGAACCAGGACAGAGCCCCAUCAUCCACCCUAGUUACUACCUGUACACGUACGAUAAGAUGGUGGCCCCUAACGUAUCCCUGAGGAAGGAGGGGGAGGUGAGCCAUGAGGUUCUGGGGCCCUGCUCAAACAACACUACAGCAGGAGAACACUCACCCACGACAACCAGCCCACCACAGAUCUUCCCGCAUCUCAUUCCUCCAUUGCAGAGGAGGCCAAAUCCCACCACGCAGGCGAAGCGAACGAGCGCCGCCAACCUCCUCCGUCAGUCGCCAUGGAGACUAGCAGGCGGCAAGCAGCACGCCCCCAUUCCCACGGAGGGCAAAGACAGUGGAGCUGAGGACGACAAGGACACGAUCAUGCUAGAGAUUGUGCAGAUGUAUCGGCGGCAGCAAGAAAAGCUGAAUUCCACCCUUCAGAAACAGCAGCAGCUGGAGAUGGAGCUGGAGGCAGUGCGCGGGGGUGAGGCAGCCAGGCUGAGGGAGUUGUCUGUGGAGCAGCUGGAGCUGCAGAACGAGCUGGAGGCAGUACACACUGAGCAUGCUCAGAGACUGGGGGAGGUGCGGCAGGAGCAGAGACAGCUGGAACACCGACUGGAGCAGCUCAGGCAGCAGAGCUGUGCCUGUCAACCUAAAGAGCAGGAGGCGCAGUACAACGCACAGCUGUGUGAGCUUCGCUGCCGUUUGGAGCGUGCUGAGGCGGAGCGGCAGGAACUGCAGGAGGAGCUCUGCAGAGAACGGGAGGCCAGAGAGAAGCUGGAGCUCAUGAUCUCACAGCUUCAGCAGCAGACGUCCCAGUCUGGCACCAAGGGGAGCCGCAGUAGUAGCCCUACCCACCCCCCGACCCCCUCCGCAAGCCCCCAAUCCCAGCAUUCCCUCUCUUCACCGGGCCCUGAGGUAUCCUCCAGAUAAACUCCUCCUUGCACACUUCCACGCCUGCAGCCCAAGAACACACUCGCCCACUCCCUGCAGAGUCACAGCCAAACACAAAACAACCUCUGCAGAAAAGAGCAGCUCUCCCAUUCCCUUUGUGUCGCACCACCACAAAAAAAGACUUAAGGUUUGUGUUUAAUGUAAAAAGACUUUUCGUGUCACCCUGCUCUCGACCAGUCAUUAAGCAUUUUUUGGAUGUACAUGUUUAAUUUAUACUCAUGCUUAGAGGCUGAUGGUACAGUGAAGGUAUUUCUUUGUAGGACGCUUGCCUCCUGUUGCAUUGGGAAAGCGCUCGAGUGCUUUUCUGCUCACAACCCUUUGGUUACAGGAAACUGACACUCACUAAAAUACUACUUGUGACACGGAGCCCCAGGAUGCCAAACGGCAAGACGCCAGUGCCCUGCAGCCGCAAGAAACCAUGUGGAUGUUUACUUUUUUAUUUUAAUUUUGUGUCAUCCUUUCCUACAGCAAAAAUGGAAGAAUGUUUUUGUUAAUAUCACAAAGAAUAUCAGUAAAAAUAUUAUUCUAUAGCAUCUUUAAAUCAUUAUACUUAAUACAAGUGAUUCAGAAACUUUCUGAGGCCUCCCGGUUUUAUGAUCACAAUCCUCUUCCUACAUUUUCUUUCUCUGCCUGUCGUUGGUCUUUCCAGUCUGGUGUUGAUUAUAUGUUUCCUGUCUGCACUGCUGACCCUCUACAGGCUGGUAUAUGACAAAUAGCUCAGUUCAUUCCUGCAGGAUGCAGUAAGCAAAGACUCACAUUCGCCCCCUGCUGGAGAACACUAUGAAACUCGGCCCCCAUUUAACUACACGGAACAUCUGCAGUUGUACAAAUGAGGUUCAACACUCUUAAGUUUAUGUUCAGAGGAUUUUCUAAGCAGCGAAAAAGUACCAGUAGCACCAAUAAGACCUUAAUGGUUGCGGUUGCUCAGAAAUUGCAAGGUCAACAUUCUAUUUUCAAACAAAGCACAUAGUAGACCUUAUAUUUGUAAGGGUUGAAGAGGCACGCUUUGUCUCCGCAGAAUGUGGCAACUGCCACUGAUGCCCACUCAUACAUUAACUGUUAGAUGAAUGAAGAAAGAUGGACACAGGCAGUCUUUCUUUUUCUUUCUUUCUUUCUUAUAGGAUGUAAAUCUAGGCUUCUUUCAUGAUGUAUAUAUCUCAUAUAGAACAUUCCACUGUGCACAACUCAUCGGAUUCAAAGUCAGCCAAGUCGCAUCAGUUUUCUAAACCUGAUAAUGUGUACAGUGCAAAACCUCUUAGAUGCAAAAGAGGAAAAUUAAAAGAAACACCCUGACUUAUGUGAAUACCUCUAGCUAUGAAGAAUCAAAAAACAAAACUAUAUUGUAAAAGAGUGCUUUGCCAUUUUUGAAUUUUUUUUGUCUUGAAAUUAUUCAGAAAUUAAUGUAUUAACUAAUAAAGAUUUAUAUAUACUUUGUACAUAUGGUAGUCAUUAAUAUAUUAACUAAAUUCUUAUAAAUAAUCUUUCAAGGUUUCUGAUCACAUUUGCAAAAGCUGGGCAUAGCCCAAGCCAUUGUUUUUUGUUUUUGUUGUUGUUGUUGUUCUUUUUCCUUCUCUCUAAUUUCUAAUUUUUCUAAUUUCUAACUGAAGAGUAGUUGUUGACAAAGUGUGAAAGGUGGUGUAGGGAUGCAUGAUGCUCAGAACCCCUGCACUAUCCAACGGGGAACGGGAACAGUGACGUAUGCUGUCCAGUGCCUCAGUGUUUCCCUUCAGUGGGUCAUCUCGUCCAUUUCAUUGGAGCCCACUGAGAUUGACAACCUGUUGUUAUUUUGGUGGUGUUCACUGUUCAGAUUUUCCUCUUGCCCAUUUUAUAUAUUUUAAAAAAUUAAGAAUUUAAAUCCUUAGAAAGAAGGGAGUGAAAUAAUGCAUGUAUUGUUCGCUACUAUAUUGUUAUGCUAAAACACAGAUUCAUUAUUGCUGAAAAACAAAGUGAUUUUUUUUUUUCUGUUCUCUCUCACACAUACAAGCUUUCCAACAAAUGUUCCUCCAUGUUGUCUGAGAAGAGUAGUCUUUAUGUAAAUGGGCACUAAAGAGCCUAAUAUAAAUGCUAGAAACUUCUGAUAUGAGAGACUGUGUGUCAGUGACAAAUGAGACAUGCUUAUUGAAAAGAGUGUUUUUCUUUUUCUUUUUUUUUAAUACAAAUAUAAAUAUACAGCUCUGAUUUCAUGUGUAGUUCUUUUGAGAGAUAGUAGCAUUUGUUUAGGCACUGUAAUGCAUUACUACAGUGUCGACUGCAAUUUUCAAAUUUCAGUCAGUAUUAGGAUUCCUUUGUUUUCACCACAGUUACCUCUGUAGCAGCCGGUUUCAAUGCUGUUUUUGAUAGAUUUGGGUAUUAAAAUGUAUUUCUGAAGCUUU